ACAACAGCUGUAAACAAAACAAUUUACCGGCGGCGCGGAAAGCACACACUCUCGUUUGCACAAAAGCAGCAAGAAAAAAGCGAUCCCAAAGGUAAAGUUGUGAGCAGAAAAUUUCGAUUCCAACACGUAAAGUCAGCUCCUAAUAAUGGCACAAACAACCGUCGCGAAUCAAUCAACAUUGCUACCACUCGAGCUGGUAGAUAAAUGCAUCGGUUCGCGGAUACACAUCAUCAUGAAGAAUGAUAAGGAGAUUGUGGGCACGCUGCUUGGGUUCGACGACUUCGUCAACAUGCUGCUGGAGGACGUGACGGAGUACGAGAACACACCGGAAGGCCGGCGGAUAACCAAACUCGACCAGAUCCUGCUGAACGGCAACAACAUUACGAUGCUCGUGCCCGGUUCCAGCGGCGAUCUUCCGGAAGCAUCGUAAAGCGCUUGCGGCAUAUUUCCCCCUCCCUGUGAAUCGAGAAGAGUGUGAAUUAAUGUAAUUGAAAACGCGAAUAAUGGAAGAAGAGAUAACUCGUGCAAAAAUAA